UGCGCGAGCCAGCUGGUAAGGCGAGUCGUGUUAGGCACGUGCGUUCAAACUUUCCACUCCGCUGGUCGCUGGGUGAAAUGGAGCGGCUCGAGCGUGUAAGCCACGCACGCUUCCUCUGAAAUGUUGCCGCUUUACUGUACUUCAGUUUCGGUAAAGGUGGAAACCGGCAGGUGAUCGCUCUCUGGUCGCUGCAGAGCACACGCCAACUUUAUCAAGCCUGUAAAACCCCCGCUUUCCUUCCCCAGAGCAGCCAUUGACAAUUCAAUCUGCCGCUCAGCUUGCAGAAACCGCGGGUCCCCUUGGUCCGAAUAAGGCUGGCUGGCUGUUACUGCUCCUGCCUGCGAAGCAUGGACGACAAGCCUCAGGAUGACAACGCUGCCGGCACCGAGCAGGAGUCCCUGUCCUACCAGAAGAGAAUCUGGAAAAACCUGCCUUUCUUGAGCCCAAAAAUUAGCACCGAUCGCCGCAGUGCGGAGCCCAAGAAAGAGGCAGGCAAAUGGACCUUUAAGGUUAAAAGGAAUAAAGUGCUCGAUCGCGUCUUCUCGUCCUCUCAGCCCAAUUUGUGCUGCUCGGUAUCGGAGCCGCUGGACAACGAGCGCUUCUUCUGCAGUAAAGGAGAGGAGCCCGGGGCGCUCGUGCAAACCGAAAAGCUCUCCGGAUCGCCGGGACUGGACGUCGGCAGCAAAGCUAAAAUGCAGAAACACGGCAGUCCCAGCAAGCCCGUCGUGUCUCACUUAGUGCUGUCCCACCAGAAAAGCUCAUCCUUGGGAUCUGCUUCUUUCGAGAGGCUGGUGGAGCCCGCCGAUCAUGGUAGCCUGCGGAAGAACGCUAGCGAUUCUGGUAUAAAUAAAGUUGGUCCAAGUAAUGCAGAAACUUCAACAUCUAAUCCAGGAAUGUUCCAGCUGGACAUUGUAUUGAAGAAAGGCCACAACUUAGCCAUACGAGAUAGAGGAGGGACAAGUGACCCCUACGUUAAGUUUAAGAUAGCUGGAAAGGAAGUUUUUAGAAGUAGGAUAAUACACAAGAACCUCAAUCCUGUAUGGGACGAGAAAGUUAGCCUUCUAAUUGAAAACCUCAAGGAGCCUCUCUAUGUGAAGGUUUAUGAUUAUGACUUUGGACUGCAAGAUGAUUUUAUGGGAUCAGCAUACCUGCGACUUGAGUCUUUGGAGCAGAAAAGGCCCAUGGAGGUGACGUUAACUCUGACGGAUGCCCGUUACCCAGCACACAAUCUGGGCUCUCUGCUACUGUCUGUUUCUAUAUACCCUAAAGAGGGCAUCACUAGAGAAGCUACUAUGCAUUUGAGAAGGAGUUGGAAAAGAUCAAGUAAGCACCAGUGCCAGAGCUUGCGAUUAUCAGAGAUGCACAGAAAAUCCCAGCUGUGGAGGGGAAUUGUUAGCAUCAGCCUCAUAGAAGGUCGCAAUCUGAAGCCUAUGGAUAACAAUGGCUUUAGUGAUCCUUAUGUUAAAUUUAGACUUGGACAUCAAAAAUACAGAAGCAAGACAAUGCCUAAAACUUUGAACCCCCAGUGGAGAGAGCAGUUUGAUUUCCAUUUGUAUGAUGAAGAAGGGGGUGUGAUUGAUAUCACUGUGUGGGAUAAGGAUGCUGGAAAGAGGGAUGACUUUAUGGGCAGGUGUCAAAUUGACCUUUCCAGCUUGAUUAAAGAACACACACACAAACUGGAAUCAGACCUUGAGGGGGGCGAGGGAACACUGGUCAUGUUGGUCACCUUAACUGCCUCUACUGCUGUUAGUAUCUCUGACAUGUCUGUUAACAUCCUUGAUGACCCCAAAGAACGCCAGGCAAUUGUCACGAGAUAUAGCUUCAAGAAGUCUUUUCACAAUCUUAAGGAUGUGGGAGUAAUCCAGGUGAAAGUAAUCCGUGCUGAAGGUUUAAUGGUGGCCGAUGUUACAGGCAAAAGUGACCCAUUCUGCGUUGUUGAGUUAGGCAAUGACAGACUGCAGACGCACACUGUCUACAAGAAUCUAAACCCGGAGUGGAACAAGGUUUUUACUUUCAAUGUUAAAGAUAUCCACAGUGUCCUCGAGGUGACGGUUUAUGAUGAAGACAGAGAUCGGAGUGCAGACUUUUUGGGCAAGGUUGCCAUCCCUCUGCUCUCGAUUCAAAAUGGUGAGCAGAAAGCCUACGUCUUGAAAAACAAGCAGCUGACAGGGCCAACAAAGGGGGUCAUCUAUCUCGAAAUAGAUGUGAUUUUUAACGCUGUGAAGGCUGGCAUUAGAACAUUAACUCCCAUUGAGCAGAAGUAUAUAGAGGAGGAACCAAGGGUUUCCAAGCAGCUGCUGCUAAGGAAUUUCAAUCGUGUAAAACGCUGUAUCAUGGCUCUUAUCAACGCUGGAUACUACAUUAACAGCUGUUUAGAAUGGGAAUCACCACAGAGGAGUCUGGCGGCCUUUGUGCUCUUUCUUCUUGUGGUUUGGAAUUUCGAGUUCUACAUGAUUCCACUGGCAUUACUGCUGACCUUGGCCUGGAACUACAUUCUCAUUAUAUCAGGAAAGGACACUAGAAGUGAUAUGCAGCAGGCAGUGGAGGACAUGUUAGAGGACGAAGAAGAAGAAUACGACAAAGAUGACAAGGAUUCAGAGAGAAAAGGAUUCAUGAAUAAACUUUUUGCCAUACAGGAGGUCUGCAUCAGCGUACAGAAUGCCUUGGAUGAGGUUGCCUCUUAUGCCGAAAGGAUAAAAAAUACCUUUAACUGGACAGUGCCUUUCCUGAGUUGGCUCGCCAUUGUUGCACUUUGUGUCGCCACAGUUAUUCUCUACUUCAUUCCCUUAAGAUAUAUUGUACUCAUCUGGGGUGUUAAUAAAUUCACAAAGAAACUUCGUGACCCAUAUACAAUUGACAACAACGAGCUGCUGGACUUCCUCUCUCGAGUUCCUUCAGAUGUACAAGUGGUGCAGAACCAAGAACUGAAACACGAUUCCAGUCACAGUCCAAAUAAAAGAAAGAAAAACAACCCAGGAUAGCCAGCAUGCCAUCCUCAAAAGGCUUCAGCUCUUCACGACUCUCUUUAACUAUGAAAGGAUGGGCCUUAACCAGCACACCACCUUUGUUAUUUUACUUUUUUCCUUUACUUGCUAUUUAUUAUUUUUUGUAUAUAAUGUACAGAUUGAAAAGAUGCAAAUAUAAAUAUAGUUCUGUAUAAUUUACAUUGUACAAUGCACUUUUAAUUUUACCUAGAUUGAGGUAGAGGUGUCUGUUUUGGUUGCUUAACAUAAGAGGGUAUGAGUGUCUGUUUCUGUAAUUCAGCCUUGCACACAUGUUGAAAGGAGUAUAGCAACAACCAAAAAGUAAAAUUCCAAAAAAUAGCCAAUCAGAAAUGAGAAAUAUUUUCUGAAAGACUAAUUAUCUGUCACUAUUAUUUACAAUGCAGAAUGUGUUAUAAGAACAUAAGAAAUGUUUGGACGUGAACAGGCCAUUAAGUACAAUAUACCCAAUCGAUCCCCAGCCAGAGUUAUGAGGACAACUGUCCCCUUCUGAAUGUUCAACAGGAGUAUUUGAGAACAUUCACAACAGCCUUCAUGGCACGGCUAUUUACAAGUCAAAUCAGAACUUUUUACACAAACAACCCCCUAAGCACAGCAAAGAACAGAGACACUGGCCACAGAAACACUCCUUCAUGGUUUUGUAUAAGAAGCAAUAAAAAGUGUACCAUCACAACUGUUGGCGCUACCUUAGUAGUGUUACUGCCGUAUAGGCAGAUGAGUAAUGAAAUGAAACAAUGUGGGCAAUGAGGGUACACAUCUCUCACAACACAAGGGCUGCUGGGACUGCUACACAUUUGCCUAAUAUGCGAUGUGGAGAUAUGAGGACAAAAGGUAGAGUAGUAAAGAAUAAAACUUUUUUUUCCCUGUCAGCUUACAAUCUCACAUAAAAACAACUGAAGGAAGCCCAAGGAAGAGCACAACGUUUUCGCAAAGUCUGGGGCGUUCGUUUUUUUUUUUUUGAAAAGGUGAGCAAUAACACAUUUUCAAGAAUCCCAUGACUAAAUUUGUCUUCCUUUUCUUUAUUGCUAUCCAAUCCAUUCCCUCUUUAAGCUCAUAUCAUGAAGCAUUAGGUACAUUUUUGGUGUAAAAUAACUUCUUUUUUUAAAUGUAAUGCAUCUUCUUUUUGUUCUUAGUGGUUAACCUCAGGCCCUUAUCCAGUAGCAUCUCUGCAUUAAGUGCAGGUUGGGCACUGUCCCCAAAGCAGAUGUCAUACGUUUAUCAGAAAUGAAGUAAUAUGGAUACUCCGUUUAACAACUUAUAUAUUGUUAAAAUGUUUAAAGCAAAUGUAACUUAGACGUCAAAAUAAUUUUUUCCAACUUUCCUGCUUAAUACAAUUUCUUAUUUAGAAAAAUAUUUCUUUUUGGACUAUGUGAAACUUUCAUUGUGCCUGGGCACCUUCAGCCUAUUUCUGGGUUUCUCAGACGGGCCUUUGACCCAGCAGUGCUCUAGGCAGACCGUUGUUGUGAACGCAUGUGAAGCUUACAGCUCCUUUAAAUGACUGAAUGAUUUUUUGGUGUAAUUUUAAACGUGUCUAAACUUGCUCAUCUCACUAUCCUGGAGUAAUCAUAAUCAUUGUAAUCAGCUACAUUUGUAUAUUUAAUACAAUUUAGCAUUAAACAAAAAUAAUGUAUGUA